AAUAAUGUUAUUAUAAAGACAGCCCUGUACCUUUUCCUAACAACUUCAUGUCCUUCAAAAAUGUGCAGUUGGCUCAUGCAGGUUUACCAGCAAAUGACACCAGUAAACGGGAGACGUGCACCAGCACAGGGUAUAUGAUGUCUCAGAGUGAACCACUACCUCCAGCAUCGAGCACAGAGAAGUAUCCCAAGAUCUUCAUCAACACAGAACAGAAAACCAUGGGAAGAGUCUAUCCAUUCUCAGCCCAUGAUAACCAAGCUGCACUGCAAGAUACCAUCACUGUAUUUGAUGAUGGAUUAGGCCGCAAGAAGUGCCUGGACGAGCGUAGACAACAUAACUCACACUUCUGCCUGUGCCACCAUGGAAGUGUGAGUGGCGUGGGGGAGACGAGGGGAGACUUCUCAGCCUAUCAGACAGACUACCAGGACCGCCAGGACACAGAGGGCUCCUCCACCAGCAGGCGUUUUCCCAGUAACCAUCUUGAUAGGUCCACUGUGGCAGCUGCUGCCCAGGCAGGAGAGCACUUUAUGUGGUUCGGGAGGCAUGAUGAGGACCGUCCUGUGCCCCUUGAAGUGCUGGCAGCUACCAACUGCUCCUCCUCAUCCAAGCCGUCCAGACACUCCUACCAUAUCAGGCAUUAGAUGAAUACACCAUAUUACCCAAAUACUCUUC